AUGGCCGUAGCGCUGGAUGCAGUGUGGGUGCGAGUGAAAGGGGUCUGUAAGCAGAACGGCCUGCUCAUCCUCUCGGUGUUGGCCGUUGUUAUCGGAUGUCUGCUCGGCUUCUUCCUGCGCUCCAAAAACCUCUCGGAGCAGGAAGUGAAAUACUUCCAGUUUCCUGGAGAGCUGCUGAUGAGGAUGUUGAAGAUGUUGAUUUUGCCUCUGGUUGUGUCCAGUCUGAUGUCAGGUCUGGCUGCGCUGGAUGCCAAGUGCUCCAGUCGGCUGGGUCUCAUCACCGUUUCUUACUACCUGUGGACCACUUUCCUGGCCGUGGUGGUGGGGAUCGUCAUGGUGUUAAUCAUCCAUCCGGGCGGAAUGGCACAGAAAGAGGACUCUGAGGACAGCGGGAAACCCAUCAUGAGCUCGGCUGACGCUCUCCUGGAUCUCAUACGAAACAUGUUUCCAGCCAACCUCGUUCAAGCCACAUUUCAACAGUAUCGUACCAACAGUGUGCCCAUAAUGAAGACCCCCAAGACGACAGUGGCCACCAGUCUGACAGAAACCACCACUCGGCGUGCUCUCAUCUACGGGAUUCAGGACGAUAACGGGACGGACAUCCAGAACUUCCAGCUGGAUCUGACGCCGCCUCCUGACGUGGUAAUGCGGACACUUCCUGGCACCAGCGAGGGCAUGAACGUCCUGGGGAUCGUCAUUUUCUCUGCCACCAUGGGCAUAAUGUUAGGCAGGAUGGGCCCUAACGGCAGCGCUCUGGUGAACUUCUGCCAAAGUCUCAAUGAAGCAGUGCUGAAAAUCGUUGCUAUUGUCAUCUGGUACUUCCCGUUCGGCAUCGUGUUUCUGGUGGCCGGAAAGAUCCUGGAGAUGAGCGACCCAUCUGCGAUGGGGAAGAAGCUGGGCUUUUACGCCAUCACUGUGGUGAUGGGCCUCAUUCUGCACGGCCUCUUCAUCCUGCCCAGCAUGUACUUCUUCAUCACCAAGAAGAGCCCCAUCGUCUACAUCCGAGGAAUCCUGCAGGCCCUGCUCAUCUCACUGGCCACGUCCUCCAGUUCUGCCACUCUGCCUAUCACCUUCAAGUGCCUGCUGGAGAACAAUCACAUAGACCGGCGGAUCAUUCGUUUCGUGCUGCCUGUCGGAGCCACAAUCAACAUGGACGGCACUGCGCUGUAUGAGGCUGUGGCAGCCAUUUUUAUCGCCCAGGUCAACAACUACGAGCUUGACUUCGGCCAAAUCAUCACUAUCAGUAUUACAGCAACAGCAGCGAGCAUCGGUGCUGCUGGGAUCCCACAGGCCGGCCUGGUCACCAUGGUAAUAGUGUUGACAUCUGUCGGACUGCCCACUGAUGACAUUACUCUCAUUAUCGCUGUUGAUUGGGCCCUAGACCGAUUCCGCACCAUGGUCAAUGUGAUGGGAGAUGCUCUGGCCACGGGAAUCAUGGCCCAUAUCUGCAGAAAAGACUUCAUUAAAGAAGGAGAUGGGGUCCCUCUCAUCUGCGAAACAAAGCCCUUGACUAACCAGGGUUUGCCGAACUGUCAGCAGAACAAUGGUAAUUUCCAGUCCCCGCCACCAGGGGGCAAACCUGAGCACAUCCCUCCAGAUGUGGCCCGUCUCAUGCAGCUUGAGGAAGGGGUCCGUCCGCCGCCUCCCGAUCGGAAAAAGCCACCUGUACCACCACGGCACCUGAAACACAGAGACAAGGACCAUUGUGCCAUCGACAUGAACGGUCUGGAGACUAACGUAUAG